UAAUCUCCAUUUUAAACCACUGCAGAUGCAUCACUUUAAAUACUAACAUAAUAAACUGAAUUAUUUAAUCAAAAAAAUUAGUUUAAAUGUUCAACACUCAAGGAUGAAAGUCAGCGUUCUUGCAUCAUUCUAUAGCUCCAAACUGUAAGUAGAGGAGACUGUCAUGUUACCUCUGAGCUCCUGUGGGUCAGCCUGCGUGCCUGUGGCUGUCCCUGUGAUGAUGAGUCCAUCUGAGAGGAAGAACUCUGCAGCACGUGCCGUCUCUUCAAUGCUCACGUCUGACGUCAGGGCAUGGGAACUAAAAACACACACAUAGUACACAUAGUUACACAAGUCUAAACAUGAUAUACGAAGUUAGUGAAAAUCCUUCGAGGUCCUAGCAUGCAAAUGACCAAAUAAAUCAAACAGCACAUGCAAUGAUGUGCUUUAAAUAAAUAACUUAUUAUUGUUUGUGUGUUUCCACUGUGCAAUGUUAUACAGGUGUAACUGUGACAAAAGCUUCUGAGUCUGUUAGAGGAAGCCUGGGAAAGUAAGUACAGGGGGAGAUUGAAGUGAGGUUGUUGUGGUUGUUGGGUGACAGCUGAAGAGACUGUGCUGGUGAGUCUCUGUGGCAUCAUUGGUAGAAACCAUCUUACCUGUGCUUCUUUUUAAUAUCAGUGAGUAUCUGCACAUGCUCAGCUCCAAUCUGUCUGCGGUAUCUUAGUAAGUCUCCAGCACAGGCGUUAAGGAGGCCCUCAUCAGCCACAUGAGAGAAGACGAAACCCUCUGCUCUGAUAAAAUCCAGACCUGUGCCCAAAAACAGCAAGUGUGAAGCUAUGGUCCACUAACCUUGGAUAGAAACAGAUCCUUGACUUUUUUUUUUUUUUUUUUACAGAGAAGUCCCCAAACGCACAACAACUCAUUGUAGUGAUAAACACAAGAUAAAUUAGAGAGGCUGACCAGCUACAGUCAGGUUUGUUAAGGUAACCUGUUUACAUUAUGACCACUUUGGAUUUACCCUUAUUCACUUUCCACUUAUUUAUAUAAAUCCAUAGAAAUACACGAAGGUAAAACCUGAUUAAUAUGUUGCCGCGGUACGGACAACAAAAGAGCCUGGAGUUAGCAAUAAGAAGGAGAGAGCAUGAACAAAUCAGGGAAAAUAUCAUAUUGAGAGGUGAAGGGGCAAGAGACAAUAGAAUAAUUAUAAUAACUAGUAAUAGCUACAAAAGGAAGAAAAACAGAAUCACCAAGAAGCAGAUAUGGAGCACAUUUUCAAAAGUUUGGUGCUCAAAAACCAAACGCAGAUUUGUCCAAAUGCAUGUGACCUUUGGGAACAUGUAAGAUGAGUCAUGAUUAAGUAAUUUGCAUAAUAAAAUAAAUGAAUAAAUAAAAAAUACUUUAGAUUACUCCUAUUUAAGAUGUUAUUAAAUGUCUCCAAAGCUGAAGUUGUAGAUGAUGAUGGCCUCACAGAAACGCCUUAACUAAUGUCAAAACAAAGUGAACCUGAAGCCAGAGCUACAGCCAGAGCCUGCUGGUUUGCAGAGGAGAGUAUUUGCACCCCGAGUGGCAGGGAAGGACAGAUGCUCCUCACAGCACAGCACACUGCAGUCAUGCAGGCACACACCUCAGGGCCAACAGAGAAGGAGUAUGGGAUAUCAUGCAUGUUCUCAAUGAUCAAUCCAUCCUGAAACAGAAGGUUUGAAGCUGUGGUUUCCAGUUUGCACAGAACGUUGCCAAAUGAGUAACAAUAUCAUAAGACUCACAAUCCCUGCAUCUUGGUAGAUUUCGGCCUCCCUGCAUGCUUCUGCAGCGAUCUGGGACAUUUUCAGACCACUCAGUGGGGUACCUGAGAGAGACCAGAAAAUCUGUCACACACAGUAGAAAUAUCACUAUUUUGCUUCCCAAAUAUAAAGAGGAGCAGGAAAACUUACUUGGUAAUCUUUCUUCAUAUUACAUUUUUGCUGUACUUGAGCAUAAGUUUAAAGUUUGUUAUUAUUGUCGCAUUUUUAAAUCAGCUUUAUUUAGACCAGGUAUGACAAUAAAAGGUCACUCAUACUAACUUGAUAAUGUUAUGUGCAAAAGUAAGACACUCAAAAGGUUAUUUCCAAUUUUCUCUUUUUGAGAAUAAAGUGUCCAUCUGAGAAACUUCUUCAAUGCAAGACAGCUACCAAAGAGAAUCUGCUACUUUUACAUACUUACAUGUGUGCAUGAGGGUGGUGUUGCCACUGUUAGCUCAGGAAAGAAACUCAAAACAAUGAAGAUUGCUGAAAACUUAAUACAAACACUUGCCUGCAUGUGUCAGUAUGUUACCUGGUAGAGCUUUAACAUGAAUCAUUCCAAUAACCACAGAUUUCAGACGGCCAAAAAGGUCCACAAACUUCCUGCUCUUCAUUCUGUGGAAUGCAGAAACCAGAAAUCAGACAGGAAACAUUGUUUUUUUGUCUCUCCAAGCUUGAGUGUCACGUGACCGGCCAAAGUUCAACUAUGUCAAACAAACAGACAACAAUAAAUCAUCAUUAAAGUAAAAAUCAACCGUAUAAGUAAAUAUUUGAAAUAGAAAUGCAUUGAGUUUUUAAAUUUUUUUUAUUGGUAAGAAAUGUACACAAACAACAUUUUGACACAUGCCAGACAAAUGAAAAAGGCAGGAGCCUACCUGUACUUUUUUGAGAGGCGUUAAAGUCAGUACCUUUAUUCUUUAAGGGUUUUUUUUUUCAUUCUUUUUUUGGUAAGUAUUGUACUUCUCUAAAGUGAGUCAAAAUAUUGCUUAAAACAUAUACAUUUACAGCAACUACAUGGCAGCCACCUUGGGGUGAUUUCAAUGCUGCAAAAAAUCAAAAUCUUACCAAGCGAAUUUGUCUCAAUUCCAGUCAAGAAGACCUCAUUACACUUAAAUAAAGCAAGUCCAAAUAUUCUUAUCUCAAGAUACUUCAGGCCAACAUGUUCUUAAUACUUUAUCUGAAAUAAGUAUUACAUUUUGGUUCAAGAAACUUGAAAGUUUAGCAUGAAGCAUUUGCAGUCAUUUCAGCUCAUGAUCCUUUUACAGUACCCCAAGUCCCUCUGCACAGACAGCCAUGACUUGAGUGUGCAGGGACCAUCUACAAAGUCCAACCAGAUAACAGACACAACAAAAUAUCCAAGAACUUCACUCUGGAUAGACGCAGAGUCAAGAUACCCGUGUGUAUUAUGCUGUGUUAUAUAACUGCGAUUAGUAACAAUGAGAAAAAUACUUUUACAUGAAGUCGGGGGCUUAGUUCACUCGCCCAACCCCCACUGCAAUAUGACUUUAAUUGUAUUUCAAAUAAAGUACAUCUAAACAUUUACAUGAGUACGUUCACUUGCCCAUGGUGUUUCGACCUGGGUAACUUUCCUCGCAGUUACCGUGGACUUACCUGACUUGUUCUAGUCCCUCACUCGCUGUUUGGUUUUUGGCGGUUGUAAUAGAGGGAUCGUGUCAAAUAUGGCAACCCGUUCUGGAAAAGGGCGCCCCGGCAGAAGCAGCUCAGGCUAACAUUUAUUGUUAUUUACAGCUGAACCAUGGUGCGCCUCGAGUGACACCGUCCGACAGCUUUCUCUGUAGUUAGAGCAACAACUUGGCUACGUUUUCUAACCGUAUUAUUGACGUGUUAUGUUUAAUUUUACCUUCUUUUCAAAGGUCCACGGCUUUGUUUACAUCUGACAGACUAGCCACGCGGUGCCGGUGCACUUCCUCUUCCGUAGCUCCGCCCCCACAGCUGUCACCACGCGCAGGCACGCCUCCCGUUUAUAAACUUAUUUUUUCUUUACUUCGGUGCAAAAUAGAGGGAUUUUUUUCCAACAAUAUCACUUUGCUGACACUUCUAGGCGCGAAAGUGUGAAGAAUAAAGUUGAAACUAGACGGAGAGGAUGUGGAGCAGCUGGGGGUUUAGCGCCAAAUGAAAUAUACUCCUCCCUGACGUUGAAGCCUGAAGUCAUCUGGUCCUCUGUAAGGCGCCAGCUCAGAGGAACUAACCAGGCAGCCCGGCCCGGCCUGUAGCCACACUCACACAGGGAGCAGCCACAGGUCGGAACAACAGGCGGACAAGUCACAAUAUAGUCAUCAGUUUAUACUUUUAAAGGAGGAUAUAAGUGAACUUCAAGCGCUGACUCUUGGGGUGAGUGGAUGAAACUUUUAUCUCUGAAAGGAGUUAUUUCACUUAAAACUUGCCUUGGCUACAACUCGUGUAUCUAACUUUAGCAGAAAUGAAUUAAAUACAUGUUUGAAUACUCGCUGUUAGAUUUCUCUUGUGUUCUCAGUGCGUUUUAUGCUCUUAUUUCGCUGUUAAAUGAUGAAUAGACAGAUAUAGGCGUCCUAGCUUCGCCUGUUGUUCGGCCAUUAUGUAGCAAGCCAGCUGUCCGGUGUUUAAAGGUGAAAAUAAUCAAUAUCCACUGUAAAUACUCCAAACAAAAAAGUUGGGGGUUUAAGAUAGCUUCUUUUGUGUAUCAUCUGAUAGUUUCGUGGAUAUAUUUGCAUUGUGGACCACUUUUUGGCGACUUAUAACAUCGCGUACUGUUCGCAUUUCCCCGCGCCAGGCUGAGCUGGGCUUUGUCAGGAGGAGGGAGCUGAGAGUGGGGGUUGGGAGUGUAUGAAUGUGCUUUCUUUCACCCUAAAAUAAAAGUUUUUCUUCCACAGGUUUACUCUGAAACAGUUUCCUACCUCCUGUGUAUAAUGCCAGGAAAAGGGUGAGUUAAAAGAAAAGCUUUAAAUCACAGUCUGUGGCUCUUCUGAGCGCGUCAAUCAAAGUGUGACGACAGAGGAAAGUUGAGCUGAUGCUUUAGCGAGAGACCAGUUAGCUUGUUGCUACAUGACAUUAUUUUGAUCAUAUUAACUCAUCUCUGCUAGCUUGUUUAAGUGUUUCAUGUUGACUGUGGAGACUUACGGCUGUGUUUUGGUUUUGUGUCGUUACAGGGAAGAAACAGAACCAAAGUCUGAAGCUCCUGAGGCGCCCAGAGAAAGUACAGUACGAUCGAGGAAGAGGAAGGCAGAUGUUGCCAUUGUAAGUCGCCUGAAAGGCUCCCAGACAAGCCUACAAGUGGCCUAAACCCCAUCUUCAGGUGCUGCAAGCACAUGCAGGCCGCAAUGAAUAACCAAUCCUCAACAACGGCUGCUACUUGCCCCCAAACCUCAAGCAUUAUCAGCAGAAAUGAUCAUGAAUGUGGUUCUUGUGGUUCCAGGUUUGCUGGUUGUAUUUUAGUCCAGCAAAGGAAGGGUUCAUAGAAAAUCAAUAAAAGUUGUUAAAUUUCUCAAUAAUUAAUUAUACUAAUUAAAAAGGCCUCUUUAAAACACAAUGGGGUAAGUAAAUGGUUUGAUGAGUUUAAAAAAAGAGCCUAAAUCAGGUCUUCGACACCAGUAGUGGUUACACUUCCAUGAAAUGCUGGGAUUUCCACUUCUUGCUGCUGCUUUCUUGAGAUCCCAACUUUAGUCGACAGUGUAUAAAGGGGGGCAUUAGCCUAGCAGUUUAACUGUGUGCUCCCUGCAUGGAGGCUUCAGUCCUCACUGCUGUGGCCAGUGGUUUUCCUUUCAUUUUGACUGUCCUGUUCAUGACGGGUGGAAAUCUCAGCUUAACUCCUGGCAUGAUGCAAGACUCAAUACCUCACUCACAAUAAGAAUAUAAAAUCAGGAUACAGUGAUUCUGUGAUUAUUAAAAAGUUCAGACAAUCAUAUGAUAACUGAUUAACAUUAACAGGGCGCAACCAUAAGGGAUCUUUAAUCAAUCAAUCAAACAAACUUUAUUUGUGAAGUGCUUUUCCUACAAGGAAUGUAACUUAGAGUGCUUUACAGUCAAGUUAAAAACAAAAAACUAUCCCAGAUGCCCCCCCACACACACACACAGACACCAACGCACCCGCACAUACACAGAUAAUAGACAUGAGGCUGAGUACAGAUGAGGAGGGAGGAGUCAAAUUCGAAGGAUGGGUUGUUCAAAUUAUAUUGUCAUUAUUUUAACACUCUAAUAUCAGUAUUUUGUGCCAGUUUGUGCAUCCCACAAGUUCGGAGAACAUUAUCGGACCCUAGUUCAUCACCCCUGCCAAAUACCACUAUUUGUGUGUGACUGAGGGGAAAGUAUUACUGUGGGGAAAACAGUGAAAUCAUUACCUUGCUAUAUUUUAGACUCGCACAACAGAGACAAAUUUUCUCAACCAGAUUUCUAUUUUCAUCCUUGUAGUAUCUACAAGAUUUGGAUGAAGAGGUAGCAGAGAUGACGAAGAAGAAGCAGCGCGACUGUGAGGUAUGUUUGGGUCCUGGCACACAUAGAUUUUGGACAUUACCAGGUAAUUUUAGGACAUGCAACCCCAGAUGUUUAAUUCAGGAACUCUGUUCACUCAGACACCGCAGUGCAGGAGUUUUUUUUCUGUCAAACAAGCUUUCAUAACUCACAAUGCUACAGUUUGAUUUGUGGGUUUGAGGUUAGGUAGCACGUGGGGGAGUGUUCAGUAGUGGUGACUGCUAAUGUUUAUUACAAGUAAAAGGAUAUUUCUUCUGUAAGCACACUGCAGUGGGAAACAAAUCUACCAGCAGCUGAGGAGUGAAGAUCAGCAGUACAAUAAAACGGCCCAAAACGUUUUCCAUUUGUCUUUACACAUGCAGCCCAACUAUGAACUUUUACAGUUUAUGAUCCAAAGCAGAGUCAAGGACUUUUGUCUUCUUCUUCUACAUAGGAUUUGCUCAGGCACGUGCACUGCAGGUGAAGACGUUAAUAGUAAACACCCUGUGGUCCUGCAAAUACUCACCACUAAAUAACCAGGACUCAGCAGCACUAUCAUCUUGUAGGGGUGACCAUGUUUCAGGCUCAUAUAUGUGGCUGAAAUGUGAGGAAGCACUAGGAUGAGCUGGAGAACACUGUCUUAAAAUCUGUCUCACUUCAUCAUUUGAGCAUUUGCUGGGAAAAUUUAGACGACUGAAGUGAUGUGUAAGCAAUAAUGUUUCAGGUCAUGUGACACGGAUCAAGACGGUGCAGCAGCCAUUUCUCUGUGUGGUUAAGUGAGGGGGCUGCAUUUUUGGAGUUUCUGGUGAUGUGUCUCAGCUUAAAUGACUGACUCUCCACUAUGCUGUAGCAAUCCCGCAUAUGCACACUACAGUUUUAAUGUUCAAACCAUAUAUGAUUCAACUCCAGCACAUUGCAUGAUGGUUCAUAUUUCUAAGUCAGUGGCCAUUUGUUGUACACUGCUCUUCACAGUGCAUUCUGGGAUACAAAGAGUCUGGGCAGAGGGACUCUUGGUCAGAAUCUACAUGUUCAUUGUCUAAUCUGUUGUCUUUAAUAAUCUUGCUUUGAUGUUUUACAUUAAGCCUUUAUUUUAAUGCUUUAAUAUUUACACUUGGAGUGAUUUCACUGGACAGUAAUUCAGACCAGUAUGUGCUUCUUCGACAUGAACUUGGCUCAAAGUUUCACCCAUGUCAUCUCUGUCCUGUGAAGGUGAGCUGGAGUCCUGAGGCUGGUUACACAAGUCCACAAAGGUGGAUCCCCACACCUGAUCAAGAAGAGGACCGACCAGUUUCUCUGAUAAAUGCCAGCUUCCCCCACUAUAACUUCAACAACAUAUUUGCAACUCCUGUGCACUGUGCCCCACUUCCUGUGCUGUGGUAAGUACUGCUGUGGUGUCACGUCUGAUCGGGUCAGGCACGCUUGUUCUUCCUGCACACACUGCAGGAUUUAAAAUGAAGACCCUCUGAUGUGGCUGAGGACAUUAAUCUAAGCAUUUAAUAUGAAAGUUAACCUUUGAAAACUCUAUAUUAUCAUAGCACAUUAGCUGUAGUUUAAUUAGACUGAAUGACUUUGGUUCAGCCCAUUCCACAACAACAUGAAAUAGCGUAGGUUUUCCAUUAAAAAGUGUCAGCAAAAGUUGACUUGUAUUAGUUUUUUGUGUCAAAUGGGUUUUUAAUUCUCUGAUCAAACAUUCAGACUCUAUAAUGGAGAUAAUGACUCCCCCUCUGCUGUUUGUACCACUGUGUUCAUCAGAGGAACAGCAGUCGUUAGCUGAAUAGCCGCGCUUGGAGCGUAUUUCAGGUAGCUUUAAAUCUGUUUGUGGGAAAUUGAACUCUGAAGACCAUCAAGCCAGUCUGGAGCUGAACAUACAGCCCAUCUUCUUAAAUUUUGUAGUUUCAGGUUGUUGGCCUUAUGGCAGUAUUAUGAUUUUAAACACACAUUGUAAGAACUUGAGACAAGAUGUGAAGAGACGCUGCUAAAAAGUUUCACUUACAGCCAGAGUUGAAGAGGGAAAUAUGUGAAAACCAAGUAACAACAGGAUUGUUGAGUGUUCAGUCCUAUAAUUUUGAUCUUGUGGUCACUGUUUGUAUAUGAAAAGUUUACCUAAAACUGCUAGUUACACAGCUUUAUAGACUGGAGUUCCCCUCAAUCAUAUGUUCUUAAUUUAAUUUGUCAGCUGGGCCAGUAAAGACGUGGUCUGGAGCAACAUGCUGGGGAAGGAUAGGACCUACACCAGAGACGUCCACAUGAUGGAGAAACACCCUCAUCUGCAGCCUAAGAUGAGGGCAAUCCUUCUGGACUGGCUCAUGGAGGUUUGUAGUUAUCUAUGGUUGUCUUAAAAAAAAAGGAUGUGUCUGUAAAAAGAACAUAUCAGCAGAAAUUUACACAAAGAACCAAGGAGAGGAAGUAAAGAGUAAAAAACAGAGAAACUCCACUCAUCAUGGCUGUUGUUAUGGCUCCACCCGGUGGUGGACAAUAUGUAACAGACUUUUACCUGCAAGCACACAUCAGCUCUGGACUAAGUCAGGGUGAAAAUUGUCUGGAUAAAGUCAUAAAGUUUGGAUGUCAGUGUUUCUACAUGCAGCCCACUCGUGCCUUUAAUCUGUUUAACAACUCUUUGAAAGUGAAAAUGAAGUAUUCAGUACCAUUGCAUUAAUCAUUCAGCUGCCUACUUCUCACCUGAACUGACCUCCAGACUGAGAAAACAUUGAGUUUAACAUUUUAAACAAACUUAUCAAAAUGUGAAGUUUUACUUUGUUGCAGUAACUCUUAAAUUUUCAGAAAAUUAAGCCGGUAAUAAAUUCACAAUGCUAGAUUCUGUGGUGCUGCUAAAGGUAAAUGUUUUAAUGAUUGGAUGACCUCAGAUGGUGGUCAAACAACACUCAGACCAUAUUUACACUAAUGUCUAAACUUAAACUAGCUGUGCAGUUGAGAGAGGACUUUGGGAAUGAAGAUAUUUCAACGGCUCUCAGCUGGUAUUCAUACAGUACAUUGUGCCAAAUAUCUAAACAUUAAAACCACAUGAUUCCAUGUAGGAGUCCAGUGGUGAGGCAGUGUGUGCAUUUCAUUAAGAUAUGAAUUGACUCGACAGCUUAGGAAAAGUGCUGCAUGUUUGAGGUUGCUAUAGUAAUACACAAACAGAGCACGUAGAUAAAUCUCAGAGCAAUAAACUGUUUAUCAGACCAGGAAGAGUCUCCAACAGUCAGAGCUGAAGACAUCGCAGAUCUGCCCCAACAAGACAUCAAAUGAAAAGUCUGUUAGUGCUGAGCACUGAUCAAGUAUCAAUAACUCAACCAUCAAUACACAAAUUGAUGGUUGAAGCAGCUCCAAGUAUUACAAAUCGAGCCUCAGGUUGCACUCUUGUCUACCCGAGCAGCAAGUGGAUGAUUGGAGGAUGAGUUCAUACUGCUCCAACAUCUGUAACACUAAACAUCUGUGAUGGUUUCUGUAUCCGUCUGUCUUUAGAGCCCAUUCUGCUCAUAGGUGUCCUACUUUUUCUCUUUAAAUCCAGCCCAGUGUAAAAACCAUUAAAUUAUCAUAAAUAAUCAAAUUUGACCUUCAAUAGUCCUCCACCAUCCUCUUAAUGAAGCUAAGACCUGCUGCUGUGAUCGACCAGGAUUUGAUCUGAACCACUGAAAAUUAUCCUGAUGUAAACAUUUCCAGAAGUUUAACUUUAACACCAGAGCCAGUGUCAGGUCAGAAAAACUUCCAGUCUGUACCUACUCUGAUACAGUAAGGCUCCUAAAGUCUACCCGUUUCAUGUGAAUUAUGAUGCGACAGUAUCGACCCUUAGCGGCACAGUGCUACUAGAGAGAGUAACCAUACAGCCAAUCAGUCAACAGUGAUUUUCAGACAUUGUUUUGAAAGAGCAGAGUAUUGGUGGUUUAUAAAAAGAUUGUUUCUAGCUUUAAGGUGAUCUUCCUCUGAUGAAUUUCUUAUUUGAUCAUUGUUGUUAACUUCCUCAUAAUGUUUGACGGACAUAGUUUAUCCGCCAAAGAAAACCUGCCUGUGAAUGUUGUUCAAAGCUGUUUGAAGCCUCGCUGAUCCAGUGCUGUUGUUCUGGGGUUUUCCUUUUAAGGUGAGUGAGGUGUACAAGCUGCACAGAGAGACGUAUCACCUCGCUCAGGAUUACUUUGAUCGCUUCAUGGCCACACAGAGAAAUGUCUUCAAAUCAACGCUGCAGCUCAUCGGCAUCACCUGUCUCUUCAUAGCCGCUAAAGUGGAGGUAAGACUGCUUAGCGGUGUGAAAUGGGGGGAUCUAAGUCAUGUUACUGUCUGUUUGUUCUCGGUGCAUCAUCUGUCCAUUUACAUCAACUGUUUCUGGCUGUAACGAUGUCUGCACCGUGUUUUCGCUUCUCCCAGGAGAUGUAUCCACCCAAGAUCUACCAGUUUGCCUACGUCACAGAUGAAGCCUGCACUGAAGAUGAGAUCCUCAGUAUGGAAGUCAUCGUUUUGAAGGUGAAGAACAUGUACAGAUCUAUGCAACCAAGUAUCAUAAAGUCACUUUGGCAGAGGUUAUGGAGUGAUGAGCAAACAAAAAAACUUGAUAAGGGGGCCAUUAUAGGAUAAAAAGGCAGGAGCAGAGGUUUUAUACUUGUGUAAGGACUGAAGUGUAAAUUAAAAAGCAGCAAAACAGUAGAUAAAAGACCGGCGUAACAGUUACUGUGUUAUUACCGUCCUGAUGGUAGAAGAGUGAGAGCAGUGCCCUUUUUUAUUUUUAUUUUUAUUUAUUUAUUUUUUUUGAAGGCUUUUACCCACAAACAACUUUUUCUAACCCAGUUUACUUCACUUCUCUGUUUGUUUUCUUCUUGAUCACAGGAGCUAAAGUGGAGUCUCAGCCCACAGACUCCCAUCUCCUGGCUUAACGUUUACAUGCAGGUGGCGUACCUGAAAGAAACGGAUGAGCUGCUCAUCCCCAGGUACCCCCAGGCCACCUUUAUACAGAUCGCAGAGGUAAGUCGUCCUCCUUUUAAAAGUUGUCUAAGCCAGUAGUCACAGUAAUUUAAUGAAGGAAGAUGGGGGGCAAUGAUUGACUCUCCCUGGAUCUAUUCACUGAAAUGAGCCAAUUUUACUGGAUAUGGUUAAAAGCAGAAAUACCCCCUACAGUAGUAUUCAUCUGCUAACCAGGAAAGAUUUUACUGUUAAAUGUAACAAAGGCAAAGAUACAACCAAGUUUUUUUGGAGUAUUAGUGUUCAUAAAGAGGUGUUUAAAAAUAACAAAUAUGUCCAGAAAUGGCAACACUCUGAUUCUUUACAAAACACCAGUUUUAUGAUGAGUGUGACACAUAGAGAGUUACUAUGAUUAGUUAUUAUUGAUGAUUAAUGAUGUACAGCUUGUUUUUACAUUGAUUUUUAUCCGCUUAAAUGCUCCAAAUCAUUUUUGAAUCCAAGAAAAAGCUUGGUGCCAAAUUUGAAGCAAUGUCCUGAAGUUAUUUUCUGAAAUGUACCUCUUAUUUUUGCAGCUGUUGGACCUGUGUAUGCUGGAUGUGCGUUGCCUUGAAUUCUCCAACGGUGUCCUCGCUGCUUCAGCUCUGUUUCACUUUUCCUCUCUGGAACUGGUAGAAAAUGUUUCAGGUAAACCCAAAUUUACCUUGAUGGCCCUGAAGGGAGUUUUUUUUUUUUUUUUGUUUGUUUCUUUUUUUCAAACCAGUCAUUUCUUUUUCAGUCUCAUUUAUAUUUACUGUCUACACGGCCUUGACAUCUCACUAUUCUUCCUUCUGCCUAUUUAGCUCUGAAGAGGGUGGAGGUCGAGGAGUGUGUGAGGUGGAUGGUGCCAUUUGCCAAAGCUCUGCGGGAAGUUGGUGGUUCGACGAUGAAAACGUUCCCAGGAAUCCCUGCAGACAAUAUGCACAACAUCCAGACACACACACCCUACCUGACAUGGCUGGUGAGUUAAAAAAAAUUAUACUGUGAAGGCUUUUUUAUUUUUUUGAAGAGAAAGAAGAAGAUUUCUUAAUUACAACUUCGAGUUUUAUGUCCGAUCAAAAGAAAUAACAUCCUAACUCUCCAUCUCUAACAUGUUUGCUUCUCUCUCUCUCUCUCUCUCUCUCUCUCUCUCUCUCUCUCUCUCUCUCUCUCUCUCUUUGCUUUCAGCAGCUUUAGGGUUAGAAUACAGUUUGAUCUGUUUUUUUCUUUUUAAUAAGUUGGUACUUUUUGAUAUUAUUUUGCACAUGAGAAUAAAGAAAAUUCCCAGUUUCAGCUUUUAGUAUAUUGUCUUUCAACUACUUUUAACAAAAUCUGUGGUUUCACUGUUUUUCAAAUCUUGACAUUGUUUUUUACAUUUUUUUACAUUGUCCCAAAAUUUUCAGAAACAGGAUUAUAUUAGUGGGGAUAAUGUAAGUUUAACAAAGAGAGAUGUAAUCUUUGAUGAUUUUAUAAACGUUUCUUAUACAGAGAUGAAGUCAGAGAAACAUAAUGACCCACAAUUUUGCUCGGACCUGCAUGAGGCUGGGCUGUUCUCCUGAGCAUUUGCAGAAUUUGUCCUUGACUAAAAAGAAGGCAGAGAAAAAAUGUGGAAUAUGAGAUCUGUUUAAGUUGGUUUAAGAAAAACUCAUUUAAGAACAGCUGUUUAAUGGGAUUCCUGAUAUGUUUCUGUAAAGUGGAGUUUUAACGUUUUGACCACGUUGUUCACAGGAAAAGGCCUACUCCUAUCAGGAUGCAGAGUUGGAGCGUCACAGCAGCUGUCCAGUGCCCUCAGGAGUCCUGACUCCGCCCCUGAGCAGUGAGAAAACUGAGGAGUUGGUCCGAGUGGAUGCUGCCGCGCUGAAAAUCAUUCCCAGGAUGCGCACACCAUCUCCACAACAUUUCCUGCCCUAAAUGAGGAGAGAACUCACCUUGGGAAAUGCAAGAGGACAAAACCUAAGGACGCUUUUGCAGCUGUUGGUGGAAAGUAAACUCUCUACAGCAACAUUUCUGCAGGUACACACCUGCUCAAUGGAAACUCUUUUUGUUCCAGACUUAGUCCAGGUGCUUUUAAAUGUCACUGCUGUGGGGGAAAAUAAGACCAACUUUGGUAAAAUUGUCACAUCUACAGUGAGGAAAUGUCACCCAGGAGUCUCACCUCUUUAACCCACACCUGGGAUCACACAGCAGGCUGACUUUGGACGGAACACCUCAAGAGGAAUUUUUUUUUGAGCAUUAAUGCAUAAAUUAAAUUUUGACCACGCUAUCACUCAGUGGUUGCCUCUUAUUUUUUUAUGCAGAGGCCAAAUUCUUUGAAUUUUUUCGCGUGUCUCUACUUGAUUUUUGUUUUAUUUUUUUACUGUGUGUGUGCGCGUGUGUUUGAGACAGGUGAUAUCUCUUAGUGGCUUCAUUGGCCCAAAAACUAUUCAUGGAGUCUUUUUUUGCUCUAUGUGCUGCUAUAAAGUGGGCUUGUAUUAUGGACAGGGGGAGAGUGAUUGUGAAUGAGUGUGUCGUUGUCGUUGCUGGUUCUGUUCUGCCAUUUUAUUGGAAAAAGCAUGGCUUUGUUUUGCUUAGGGACCAGUAGCUUGGCUACCUAAAUGGACAGGUGAACCAGCCGGGCUUCUGAAGCUAAAAUAUUGAUUGUAUUUAACUUUUAUUUUUACCCAACUGGUUUUAUUUUCCACAUUGCCAAAAUGUAAGAUUUCUAUUGACUUUGGAAAAUGAAAUGCUGCUACAUAUUUCAAUUAAAGAUGGUCUCUGAAGACUUUACUGAAAAUCACA